UUCCGGUCCUGACCCGGACGCGAAGCGAAGCGGAAGCUGAGGGGAGACACCGCGUCCGACAGUCGGCGCUGGAGGUACAUCAGCGAUACAUCAGCGCAAUGGUCUGCAUUCCCUGCAUAGUCAUUCCAGUCCUCCUCUGGGUCUACAAGAGAUUCCUAGAGCCCAUCUUGUAUCCCUUUAUCUCUCCCAUUAUCGCCCGCAUUUGGCCAAAUCGAGCGGAGAGAGCAUUGAGCAAGGGGGGCACAGCCAAGACAGCAGAACUCAAUGGGACAUUAAAGUCUGAAAUUCCGGACAAAUGCGGAGAAGCGAACGGCCUGAUGGCGAAUGGAACGGGAGGAGCGGAGUCCUGCAUUCCCACAGAGGGACCACCUGGAAUCCCGGACAAAAAGACCGACUGACCAACGGGACUCCCCCUCCCCCUCCGCACAAACAACCACCUUGGAUAUCUCUGCUGUGCAAUUAUAUCAGCAAUGUUUAAAUACAUAAAGAAGGAAAUAGAUUUUAUUUAUUAAUGGCUUUCAGAUUGAUACAGAUUUAUGAACUCUUGCUGCUUUGUCUCUGCGUCGCUCCCUGCAGGUCAGUCUCAGAACUGAUCGAGACCACACACACACAUACCCCCACCCACCCAUCCCCUGUAGAUGGCCACCCUCCCUCUAUCAGGUACUUUGAGAGACUGACCUGCUCGGAUCUCCAAUGUCCGCUGUUGUUUCCUGACCCCCUCUGGUUGCACUUUACUCUGCGUUAUUUGUGCGCAAUUCUGUAACGAGCUGAUUCCUGCAAAGGUUUCAACAACCUGUAUGAGUCUCUCAACCUUUUGAUUAAACUCUUCCUAAUAGAG